UCCGUUGUCAGUCAGGUUCUGGACUGCAGGCAGCUUGCGCUCCCGGCGGAUUCCUGCAGCGGACGCGCGUCCUCCUCCUCCCAAGCAGGGAGCGGGCACAUGAUGGCGGCCGCUGCGGCAGCGGCUGCGGGGAGCGCCAGCAGCGGCGGCGGCGGCGGCGGCAGCAGCAGCGACACGUCCAGCACCGGCGAGGAGGAGAGGAUGCGGCGCCUCUUCCAGACGUGCGACGGCGACGGGGACGGAUACAUCAGCAGAAAUGACUUGCUAAUGGUGUGUCGCCAAUUGAAUAUGGAAGAGUCUGUGGCUGAGAUCAUGAACCAAUUGGGAGCAGGUGAAAAUGGGAAGAUUUCCUUUCAGGAUUUCACAAGAUGCCGCAUGCAGCUCAUUCGAGAAAUUAGAAAGGAGGAAGUACAUCUUUCUGCAAAGUCAGACAACUCGUGUACAAAGAAGCUGAGGGAUAGAAUUGCUUCCUGGCCCACGAGCAGCGACAACAGUUUAGGUGCCUUAUCAGCCGCCAGGGAGAGCUGGGAAUACGAUUCUGGUGCCAGGGACCUCCAGAGCCCAGAUGUGCAGAGCCAGUUAGCCCUCCAGAAGCUGCUCGAGUAUAGUGGAAGCUCUUUGCAUCAGCAAGCUGCUCUCCACAAACAGCUCACGCAGUCCUCGCAUGCUGGUAACUCUGUAGGAGGAAGCUACCUAGAGCUCGCCAACACGCUCCAUUCGGCAGCCCUGGCAUCACUAAAGGGAGAUAUUGUGGAGCUUAAUAAACGUCUCCAGCAAACAGAAAGGGAACGGGACCUUCUGGAAAAGAAAUUGGCCAAGGCACAGUGCGAGCAGUCCCACCUCAUGAGAGAGCAUGAGGAUGUCCAGGAGCGAACGACGCUUCGCUAUGAGGAGCGCAUCACAGAGCUCCACAGCGUCAUUGCAGAGCUCAACAAGAAGAUAGACCGUCUGCAAGGCACCACCAUCAGGGAGGAAGAUGAGUACUCAGAACUGCGAUCAGAGCUCAGCCAGAGUCAACAUGAGGUCAACGAGGACUCUCGAAGCAUGGACCAAGACCAGACCUCCGUCUCCAUCCCCGAAAACCAGUCUACCAUGGUCACCGCUGACAUGGACAACUGCAGUGACCUGAACUCUGAACUGCAGAGGGUGCUGACGGGGCUGGAGAAUGUCGUCUGCGGCAGGAAGAAGAGCAGCUGCAGCCUCUCCGUGGCCGAGGUGGACAGGCACAUCGAGCAACUCACCACGGCUAGCGAGCACUGCGACCUGGCGAUUAAGACAGUCGAGGAGAUUGAGGGGGUGCUUGGCCGGGACCUGUAUCCCAACCUGGCUGAAGAGAGGUCUCGGUGGGAGAAGGAGCUUGCUGGGCUGAGGGAAGAGAAUGAGAGCCUGACUGCCAUGCUGUGCAGCAAAGAGGAAGAACUGAACCGGACCAAGGCCACGAUGAAUGCAAUCCGGGAGGAGCGGGACCGGCUCCGGAGGAGGGUCAGAGAGCUUCAAACUCGACUACAGAGCGUGCAGGCCACAGGUCCCUCCAGCCCUGGCCGCCUCACUUCCACCAACCGCCCGAUUAACCCCAGCACUGGAGAGCUGAGCACGAGCAGCAGCAGCAAUGACAUUCCCAUCGCCAAAAUUGCUGAGAGGGUGAAGCUAUCAAAGACAAGGUCUGAAUCUUCAUCAUCUGAUCGGCCAGUCCUGGGCUCAGAAAUCAGUAGCAUAGGGGUAUCCAGCAGUGUAGCGGAACACCUGGCCCACUCACUUCAGGACUGCUCCAACAUCCAGGAGAUUUUCCAAACACUCUACUCACAUGGAUCUGCCAUCUCAGAAAGCAAGAUUCGAGAGUUUGAGGUGGAAACAGAACGGCUGAACAGCCGCAUUGAGCACCUCAAAUCCCAAAAUGACCUCCUGACCAUAACCCUGGAGGAAUGUAAAAGCAAUGCCGAGAGGAUGAGCAUGCUGGUGGGAAAAUACGAAUCCAACGCCACGGCGCUGAGGCUGGCCUUGCAGUACAGUGAGCAGUGCAUCGAAGCCUACGAACUUCUCCUGGCGCUGGCUGAGAGUGAGCAGAGCCUCAUCCUGGGGCAGUUCCGAGCAGCGGGCGUGGGGUCCUCCCCUGGAGACCAGUCAGGGGAUGAAAACAUCACUCAGAUGCUCAAGCGAGCUCAUGACUGCCGGAAGACAGCUGAGAACGCUGCCAAGGCCCUGCUCAUGAAGCUGGACGGCAGCUGCGGGGGAGCCUUUGCCGUGGCCGGCUGCAGCGUGCAGCCCUGGGAGAGCCUGUCCUCCAACAGCCACACCAGCACAACCAGCUCCACAGCCAGUAGCUGCGACACCGAGUUCACUAAAGAAGACGAGCAGAGGCUGAAGGAUUAUAUCCAGCAGCUCAAGAAUGACAGGGCUGCAGUCAAGCUGACCAUGUUGGAGCUGGAAAGCAUCCACAUCGAUCCGCUCAGCUAUGACGUCAAGCCCCGGGGAGACAGCCAAAGGCUGGACCUGGAAAACGCCGUGCUGAUGCAGGAGCUCAUGGCCAUGAAGGAGGAGAUGGCUGAGCUGAAGGCCCAGCUCUACCUACUGGAGAAAGAGAAGAAGGCCCUGGAGCUGAAGCUGAGCACACGGGAGGCUCAGGAGCAGGCCUACCUGGUGCACAUCGAGCACCUGAAGUCCGAGGUGGAGGAGCAGAAGGAACAGCGGAUGCGGUCCCUCAGCUCCACCAGCAGCGGCGGCAAAGACAAACCUGGCAAGGAGUGUGCUGAUGCUGCCUCCCCAGCUCUGUCCCUAGCCGAACUCAGGACUACGUGCAGUGAGAGUGAGCUGGCUGCGGAGUUCACCAACGCCAUCCGACGAGAAAAGAAGUUGAAGGCCAGAGUUCAAGAGCUGGUGAGUGCCUUGGAGAGACUUACCAAGAGCAGUGAAAUCCGACAUCAGCAAUCUGCAGAGUUCGUGAAUGAUCUAAAGCGGGCCAACAGCAACCUGGUGGCUGCCUAUGAGAAAGCAAAGAAGAAGCAUCAAAACAAACUGAAGAAGUUGGAGUCUCAGAUGAUGGCCAUGGUGGAGAGACAUGAGACUCAAGUGAGGAUGCUCAAGCAAAGAAUAGCUCUGCUGGAGGAAGAGAACUCCAGGCCACACACCAAUGAAACUUCACUGUAAUCAGCACUCAGGCACCGGAGUUCUGCCCAUGGGAGCUAAACCACAGCAGGCCACUGAGGACAGAAGGGCCCCUGGAGACAAAGUACUUGUUGGGAGGAGGAGGAAAGGGAAGGCUGGCAGGUAGGUCGGCACUUGGACAAUGGAGUGGCCUAACUCAGUCUUUGGGGCAAUUGGCCAUAGUGACACUGUGGACUGUAUCCAGAGGUGCCCGCUCUUCCUUCCCGGGCCCACAACAGCGUGUAAACACAAGCUCUGUGCCUGCUCAGCAGAACCUCGUUUCUGCUUUCAGCACUCACUCACCCUCCUCUUCUGGUCUGGCGUCUGUGCAUCAGUGGAGUCUCAAGCAUUUGUUUCUGUAAGAUUUUCCAUUCUAUCCUCUUUCUGGUAGAUGGUGGGCUUAUCUUCUAUCAUCUCGUUUCUUCUCUUUCCUCCUGCUUCAUGGGAAAACUGACACACAGACCUGUGUGUGCCUCCUGCAUUUAAAAGGACUGCUGAUUCGCUUACUGCAGCAAGGCUUUGGUUUUCAAGUCUCAGGACUCAACUUUAAGACGGAAUCAGUCAUAAGAGGCGUUCUCUGGGAGUUACAGGCCAUGGGAAGAGGGUAGACAGGUGUUACUUACAGUCCCAGAUACACUAAAGUUACAAGUAGACCGCCGCCAGGACUGUGCCUGAACAAUUUUGUAUUAAGAGAAUAAAAAUUUCCUUCAGCCUUCAUUUUGGAAGCAGGGCUGGGAAGGGAGCGCUUUCUUGAUUCUGGGAUUUCUCCCUCUCAGUGGAGCCUUAUUAAUAUCCAAGACUUAGAGCUGAAAAUCUUUUUGAUGCCUGUAGUGGAACAAAAAUUUUAUCAGGGGUUUCUUCAAGAGCAGAGAAGCAUUAUUAACACUUCCCGCCCCAGGGCACUACAUAAUUGCUGUUCUGCUGAAUCAAAUCUCUUCCACAUGAGUACUUUUGUAGCUCUGGACCUGUCUCUACCUAAGGACAAGACACAGGAGAUACUGAACAUUUUACAAAACUGAUCAUGCCUACUUAAGAGUGCUGCUUAACCCCUGGUUCAAGACUUAGCUCCUGCUGUCAUGUCAGGGACAGGGUAAGGGAAUGGUUGCUAAGGCUUUUUUUUUUUUUUUUUUUUUGCCCCUAGAUACAUGAUGAUGGUUAGCAUAUGGUGCCUAAAAGGUUAAAUUUCAAGCAAAAUGCUGACAGGACUAAGCAGAACCAAAGUACUGUACCUGAAUUCUUUCAGGGAGGUCUUCCAUCUUAAAUUCAUUAUUCUUUUUUUACUGUAACCUUCAGUUUUAUCCCUUCUCCUUCAGUUCUAUGCUGAUACACUUAAAGGACCAUUCCUGUUUUUCUGUAGCAUCAGAGAAUCCAUCCAAAGUUCCCUAUGAAAAAUGUGUUUGAAUGCCACAGUUGACUACAAAUUAAACUUGAUGAGGUUUUUGCAGUA